CUGCAGGAUAGGACACAAACCAAUGGAUUCAAAUUACAAGAAAGGAGAUUCCAACUAAAACAAUGGGAAGUACUUUUUGACAGAAAUAACUGUUCAACAGUGGAUGGUGGUGGACUAUCAUUCACUGGAGUUGUUUAAACAGAGGUUGGGUGACCAUCUGUCAGAGAUUCUUAGCUGUGCUUCUUGCAUAGCAAGGGAUUGGACUAGAUGACUCUUGGGUCCCUUUCAACUCUAAGAUUCUAUGAUUCUAAACCCACUGUGAUCAAUGAGCCAUUUCCAUAAAUUGGUAUAGGGCUGCAGCCUUAGUGUAUCAAUAAGACAUACAUGGUCUAGGAGCUUUAACAUAAUAAUUAUUUCUUAGUGACUUUUGAAAAACAAGAGUAGCAUUGUUAAUUCCUGUAGUUUGAUAGGAUUUAUAUUUGAUGAUGUCAGAGUUUUAAUCUUUCUGUUACUGGAUUGUACAGUGGUACCUCAGGAUGCGAAUGGGAUCCGUUCCAGAGCCCCGUUUGCAUCCUGAACGGAACGCAAGACACGACAGCGCACGCGUGACAUCAUUUUGAGCGUCUGCGCAUGUGCGAGCGGCGAAACCCGGAAGUAACACGCUCCGUUACUUCCAGGUUGCCACGGAGCGCAACUCGAACGCACUCAACUCAAAGCACAUUCAACUCAAGGUAUGACUGUAUAAGAGGAAAAUGAAAAUACCUAAUUAUGUCAUGUUUGGUACUUGGAGCCAAUACAUUGUAUUCUCUGCACCUUGCCAAGAGUUUCCUACACAGCUUGCUAUCUAAGAGUGCAAUGGAAUUCAAAAUGACCAGACAUUUGGAUGUGGUGACGAUCAUACAAAGCUGUGUAGCUGAACUGCUAUACAUGAAGCUGAAACUGAAAUGAGGAAGGUGAGUUGGGGAACUACAGAAACAGAGCCAUAAAGCAGAAGCAAGCAUUAAAUGUCAUGCAUAGAGCAUUAACAGACCCACAUGACAGGAAGUAAGUGCUGUCUGCAUUUUGGCCACAUAUCUUGGAUGCAACUGGCAAGAUGUAGUUAUUCACCAGAAAGAAUCAGCUGAAGUUUUCAUCUGGUGUUUAAGAAAGGAGGCAUGGCAUUUAUGACCUACACACGAGGAAAGAGCCAUAUCACCACCUCCCAUCCUUUUAAUGGCUUGGAUCCUAAAGGGUUCUUACUAUUAUUUCUGGGGCUUGCAGUGUUCAUGUCAUCUUGCCUUGCAGCCGUCUCUUUCUACUAUGUUACAGCAUUAAAAUCAGAACUAGCAAUGCUGAGCAGCAAGCUGAACUGCAAGGUCCAGACAAGGACAUCAUUUCCACAGCUCUUGAGGUCUUUGGAAAAGAGCAAAGAGGCCAAUUCCUUCAUUCCCUACUUGAAUGUAUUAGAAGGUGCUUCUAGUCAGCAAAUUUCUUCUGGACCACAUCAAAGUAGUGAAGAGAUAAUGUGGAGUGGAGACAAGCACAGGGGGAAAAGGUCUCCUCUGCACACAGGAGAAGCAGUUCUACAGUCAUGUCUUCAGUUGAUGGCUGACAGCAAGCGUGACAUUCAGCAACAUGAUGGUUCAAGUAUAGUUCCAUGGCUUCUUAGCUUUAAAAGAGGAACUGCUCUUGAAGAGCGAGGAAAUAAAAUACUUGUCAGAGAAACUGGCUACUUUUUCAUAUAUGGUCAGGUUUUGUAUACAGAUGAAAUGUUUGCAAUGGGACACUGGAUCCAGAGGAAAAAAGCUCAUGUAGUUGGUGAUGAUCUCAGUUUGGUUACAUUAUUUCGUUGCAUCCAAAACAUGCCUCUCACUAAUCCUAACAACUCUUGUUAUACUGCUGGUAUUGCAAAAUUAGAAGAAGGGGAUGAGCUUCAGCUCACCAUUCCACGGAUGGGAGCCAAGAUAGUCUUGAAUGGAGAUGCCACUUUUUUUGGUGCAGUCAGACUUCUGUGAAGCUCUUCAUUGUACAAAGGGUUGGAUCUGUUGCGUGUUUCAUUUUUAGUUAGUUGGUUUAUGGAGUACUGUUUUCUGUUUUAUUGAAAACAGGAAGCUGAUUGGAUGUGGUACACCCACCUCAUGUGGGUUACCAGAAAUGAAACUUGUAAGAAGAAUAUAAAUAUAGCAUUUGUUACAUAAGAGCCUAAAUAGAGCAGUCUUGAAUCAGACCAACAACUGAUCUGUGUUUGGUUAGUUUAGUGUUCUACUCCCUUACAGUGGCCACCUGGAAAUGCAACAGCCCUCUCUACUGUUUGUCUCCCCCAACAGCUAGUAUGGCAGGACUUACAAUUUUCAACAUCAAUUGGGGAGAUGCAUUACUAUUUCAGCAGAACGUGCCCUGUAGAAUGACCACCCAUUAGAUGCCAAGGAAAUAUUUGACUUUUAGAAAACAUCUGAAGGCAGCCCUGUACAGUGGUACCUCAGGUUAAG